AGGAGGAAACGGUUCCUGUCUAAGAGGAAGGCGAGGUCAUGCACGUCAUGGCUUCACUCUUCCACGUGGGAGUCGCAGGUCUGACUGUGAUGCUCUUGCUCUCAGCGAUUAGUGGAGCACACGGGGAAGAAAACGUCGCCUCAGCUGCCGAUACGUUAGCGGCCAGCGAUUCCAGCGAUUCAGCCACCCCUACUACGGCACCGCCUCCGCCGCUACCUACUAGCGAAGACUCAUCUACACUUGAAGUCAGACCUUCUUCCGAAGUUGAAGUUCUCAAUAAGAGCCCGCUCUUUGUCAGCCAGAUCAGACCCACCGAAUUCGACUCUCCCUCGCAGCAGUCGCCGCCGACCUUCGACACAAGGGCAUUCGAAGAAGCGGCUGCCGCCAUUCCCAAUAUUACUGGAAGUGGAUUCCGCUUCGAGACUUUCCACCAGGCAUCCGAAACGGGGGCCAACACGAAACCCCUUAACAACACCGGUACUUCACAUGUAGAAAGACCGUUCGAGAACUUUGCUGCUCCAGGCGCAGCCAGGCAUGAACACUUCUUCACAUUUACAAACUCCAAUACAACUUCCGAAGUUAAAUCACUUCCUCUAUCGCUACCGCCGACGCAAGGUCAGGCUCAAGUCGCAGGCGGAGCGCCUAGAUUCAGUUUCCGUGACACAGCAAACUCGCAGGCGGAUGAUACUUCGGAUGAAAAGCCGCGACCUACGAAAAAGCCCGUUCGAGUCGCCUUCAUUAGGUUCCGAGACGGUACGACAACUAUUCGCCAGCGACCAAUUCAAAAUGCUGGUCCGUUCGCGAACAGUGCAGGUCCUCAGAGAGAUGUGCAGCCGCGUACGACGAGAAUCACGUUCCAGUCCAAUGGAGGGAUAACACCUAAGGCACCAGCGUUUCAGCAGCAGGCUUUGCGUUCGGCCGUUUUCCAAGGUACGGUGUCGCCGAGGGAAGGCGAUGUUCAGGAACGUACGUUUACACAAGGGUUAACUGCACCACAAGCUACACCACGUCGUAACUUCCAGUCUAGUCAGCGUCCGCAGGCAGCGAGUUUCCCAGACUUUCCUCCUCGACCAGAGCAACCUUCGCAAGCGGUCGACCAACAAUCUGUUGUUGACUCUAAGGGCCCCCAACAGCGCCAGGAUUUUACUCCUCAACUGCAGAGCUUUCAAAGAUUUCCUGUUCAGCCCGCACAGCUGCUUCAAGGCGCAGCAAAAACUGACAAUGGAACCCCUCAGCAGCAAAAACAACAACAACAGAACUUGAGGCCCCCUUUUCAAGGAUUUCAAAGAAUUCCUAUCCGUUCCGAACAGCCACUUCAAAAAGUGCAACCUAACGAAAACGCUCCCCAACAACGCCAGGACUUGAGGGUUCCAUUUCAGGGCUUCCAGAGAUUACCUGCUCGUUCACAACAGCCGCGUCAAGAUGCAGAACAGACUGACGACAAAACUUCUGAACAAAGCCAGGCCAGGCCUCCAUUUCAAGGUUUCCAGAGGAUACUCACUCCUUCCCAACUGCCCCGUCAGGACGCAGAACAGGUUGGCGAUAAAACGCAUCAACAACGCCAGGACUUCACCCCUACCUUCCAGCGUUCGCAAGGCCCGCAGCAGGUCCAGCCAAGACCACAGCAACAAACAUUAUCUGACUUCAGACCAAGACAAGCUUCUCGCACAUCCACAUUCCAGAAUUUCCAGACCCCUCAGCGACAGACACAACCAAGUGAACAAUCAAACUCCCAAGACGUGCCUGCACGCCCAGAUUUCCGAGAACCAUUCCAACGUUUCAAAGGCCAGCAAACACCAAACCCACAGCAAAACUUACUCAGCCUGAACCCACAGACCACCAGGGCGCCAGUUUUCCAAAGUUUUUCAAACCGAGAUACCCAAGCUGGCCUGCGAGACCAAGUCGCACCACCUCAGCGGCAAGACUUCACGCAAGCCAACGACCGUUCGCAGGCACCGCAGAGGGCACAGCAGCCCGCACGCUUCAAUAGCGGCCCAAACCCAACACAGGGCCCAAGAAAUGUCCAAAGAUUCCCGAACAUCCAGCCACUACAAAGACCACAAGAUACCUCCCGAGCGCCAAAAAUCGAGGUACAGGGUUUCUUGCAACCACCGCCGCAACGACCUCAGAACCAACCACGACCGACACAACAACAGCCUCCAGUUCUUCGCAACUUCCAACAGGCUGGCAAUCCACCUGCAAGAAACGCAUUUCAGUCACCUCAAGCUCGACCAGAACAAGCACGUCAACCACCGCCUCAAAACUCCUUCCAGGCCCGGACACCACCACCUCGUCAAGACUUCUCCCCACCUGUGUCGCCACGUGACGACGGGCGGAAUGCCGUGCAACAGAACUUCCAACCGUCUUCUCCGCCACAGGCUCCAAGGCAACAAAACAACUUUCAGUUUAACAACCGUGCUCCAAGUAGCGCGCCCGCUCCUCAACCGAGGCAACCUGCAAGACAGCCAGCAGGUCCCCAACCUUCACAACCAAAUGCACAAUCGGGAGGCCUCGAGCCGUUCAGAAAUGAUUUCCAAGCAGCAUUGAGACAGAGAGCAUUCUCGGCGUCAACGGUUGCUCCAGAGGGUGCGAGACCUAGUUCUCCGACGCCGUCAACGAGCGGCGACUCAACGCCCAAACGGAAGAUCAACCGUGUUGUCUUCAUUCCUGGCAACUUCGGUGUGACGCCUACACGUCGUCCUGAUCCUUACCGGUCAAAAUUACCAGGACUGGCUGGUUCUGACUACCCAACGUACAGCGAAGUUCCCUUCACGAAUUUCCGCUGUGACGAGCAGCAGUAUGGUGGAAUGUAUGCUGACGUAGAGGCUGGAUGUCAGGUUUUCCACUCAUGCCAGCCCGGCAACCGUCAAAAGAGUUUCCUCUGCCCCAACGGGACCAUCUUCAAACAGGAGCUGUUUACUUGCGACUGGUGGUACAACGUUAAGUGCGACGACUCGCCAAACUUCUUCCACCUUAAUUCCGAAAUGUUCAAACCACCCAAGCCAAAGCAGAGAGACUCCUCCGAUGUGCCAGACAACCAGGAGUCCACAGGGAGAGCCUCGAGGACCCGCCCUGAGACGCAACCAAAUGCGCAGCGGUCUCAGUUGCCACGAAGCCAACCACAGCAGGUUCAGGCACAACGAUCUCAGCCACCACGGCAUCAGUUGCAGAGCUCGCAAACGUUCUCGGGACAGCCAACCGUGGCACGUCCAGAGGCCCGUGGUGAGGUACGGCCAGCCGCAUCCGACCCUCAAACACUCGGCGUGGUACAAUCUGCUGCUCCCAAGCCUGAAGUUCUUGGCGUGGUACAACCUGCUGCUACCAAGCCUGAUGUGGUACAGUCCGCCGCUGCCGGGCCUGUAGCGCUUGGAGUGGUACAGCCUGCUGCAGCAGAGCAUCGGGAAAAAAUAGAAAUAGUCGCGACUGAAGAACAGCCUGAAAAGGAAUAAGAUGAAACCUAUUUUAAUUUUUCAUUGAAUAACCAUCGCAAUGUCACAUCAAAUUUAUCACAUCACAUCAUCCUGUUACUUCACUCUCUCUCUCAUCGUUUUUGCACCAAAGGUCUUGAAAAAAGAACGACUGGGCUCCACAUUUUGAAAAGGGGAUACAUUAAACACGGUUUGGCAGCUCCUCACUGCUGGGCAACGCUAUGCCAUACCUUCAGUGCCAUUCGUUUGACAAGGAAAAAGUAAAACAAGAUAAACACGUAUUUUGGAAUAUCUACGCGUUCAUACGCUAUGAGUUCUGUCGAGUGAGUGUACGUGUCAAUAAAGUCUUUGUUUG